AUGUCGGAUGCUGUACUGGAAUGGGACCAAGAUGGUGACGGAAUGAUCGAGAAUUUUGGAAAAGCUGAUCAAACUUAUGAUGCUUGGAGAAUGGAAGGUGUGAGCGCCUAUUGCGGAUCGCUCUGGCUGGCUUCACUUCGGGUUGCUGCUGAAAUGGCUAGAAUUCUAGGCUAUGAAGAAUGUGAGAAGCAGUAUUUGCAAAUACUGGAAAGUGCUAGAAAGGUAUUUAUUGAACGUUUAUGGACUGGUUCAUACUUUCGAUUCUGUGAAAGAUCGCGCAGUCGUGAAUCUAUCAUGGCUGAUCAGCUCUGUGGCAUAUGGUUCUUGCAGUCGGUGUCACCUCAACUAGCCGCUGAGGUUCUUCCACAGAGUAUGGUUCGUCAAGCUUUGAACACCAUUUACGGUUAUAAUGUCUGUCGUUUUGCUGGUGGAAAGAUGGGUGCAGUGAAUGGAAUGCGACCUGACGGAGUUGUUGAUAGGGAGUAUAUACAGGUAAAUUGCUUUGUUCCUUGUUUUCUUUUUCUUAGGCCCGUGUGCACGUACAUCCGCGCUGGGGAGGGGAGGUGAUC